AUGGAUGUCUUCAAGAAAUUGGAGAUUACUAUGCCCUUGAGCGAAGCAUUGCAACAAAUUCCCUCUUAUGCUAAACACAUGAAACAAUUUCUUAGUAAAAAGAAGAAGUAUUUAGAGGAAGGAACAAUUGAAGUUCAAGGGAAUUGCAGUGCUAUUAUGCAGAGGACUCUACCCCCAAAAUUCAAAGAUCCGGGGAGUUUCACCAACCCUUGCAUAAUUGGGAAUUAUGAGAUAGGGAAAGCACUUGUUGACUUAGGGGCUAGCAUCAAUCUGAUGCCCUUAUCUAUGCUUCAGAAGAUUGGUGGGCUGGAAGUUAAGUCUACAAGAAUGAUUUUGCAAAUGGCAGAUAAAUCCAUCAGGCAUCCCUAUGGUGUGGUUGAAGAUGUAGUGAUCAAAAUUGACAAGCUCCAAUUUCCAGUGGACUUUGUAGUUAUGGAAAUGGGGAAGAUGCAAAAAUACCUCUCAUUCUUGGAAGACCUUUUAUGA